AUGGAGGUUACGGGCUCAAUUGAAGAUUCUCUGAAUGAACAAAGAAUCAGGAAAAUUUUAACAGACCACAAGCGUCAAACUGAUGUCGAGAGAGACUCACGGAAACAAAAGAGGUCCGCCACUUAUAGUACUUUAUACUUAGUACCUUCAACCUCAAUACAUAAAAGGUUUCUUUCAAGUAUUGAGUUUCAGGUUCAAGUAUUGAGCGACAAAGAAGAGAUUCAACCACCACAGGCAGCCGAAAAGGUAAUUGAUGAUAACCCACCGCCUAUUUAUUUAGCAUCUGUAUAA